CGGCGGGGCGGGAUCGGCUCUGCGGCGGCCGCACCGCACCGAGCCGUGCCGAGCCGAGCUCCGCCGAGCCCCACCGAACCCUACCGAGUGGUAUCGAGCGGCGCCGGUCCCACCGCACCCAGCCGAGCCCCGCCGCAGCGGAGCCGCCGCACCGGGACCGCCCCGGGCCGGGCCAUGCGCUGAGGCCGCCGCGCAGCCCGCAGCCAAGGGCGGAUCCCGGGCAGGACACGUGCCGCCGCGGCGCCGUGGGCAGGAUGCCGGAGCAGAGCAACGACUACCGCGUGGUGGUGUUCGGCGCGGGCGGCGUGGGCAAGAGCUCGCUGGUGCUGCGCUUCGUCAAGGGGACCUUCCGCGACACCUACAUCCCCACCAUCGAGGACACCUACCGGCAGGUGAUCAGCUGCGACAAGAGCGUCUGCACGCUGCAGAUCACCGACACCACCGGCAGCCACCAGUUCCCGGCCAUGCAGCGCCUCUCCAUCUCCAAGGGCCACGCCUUCAUCCUGGUCUUCUCGGUGACCAGCAGGCAGUCGCUGGAGGAGCUGCGGCCGAUCCACCAGCAGCUGCUGCAGAUCAAGGGCAGCCUGGAGAGCAUCCCGGUCAUGCUGGUGGGCAACAAGUGCGACGAGACGCAGCGGGAGGUGGAGAGCAGGGAGGGCGAGGCGCUGGCGCGGGAGUGGAAGUGCUCCUUCAUGGAGACCUCGGCCAAGAUGAACUACAACGUGAAGGAGCUCUUCCAGGAGCUGCUCAACCUGGAGAAGCGCCGCAACGUCAGCCUGAGCAUCGACGGCAAGCGCGGCGGCAAGCAGAAGCGGACAGACAAACUCAAGGGGAAGUGCAGCCUCAUGUAGAAGGCCCCCCCGGGGCCGCCCCCGCCCCCCCCACCUGCGCUCGGCCCUCCCCACCCCGUCCCGACCCCCGCCCCCUGCCCCCGCUGCCCGGCCCGUCCCCACCCCCGCCCGCCGCCGCGGCUGGACGGGGCACGGGAGCCUGGCAUGGGCCCUCCGCCCGCCCGCUGCCAUCACUGUGACUGUGCGGGGACCGCCCGGGAGGCUGCGGGGGGGAAGGUGGCAGUGGGCUCAGCCUAGGGCUGUGCCCCCCCGCGCCUGUGCCCAGGGGCGCUCGACCACCUCUCAGCCGCCGCACCGGGCCCGGGGACCUGCGGCUGGGCGAUGCCAGGAGGGCAUCUGGGUGCACUUCCCCACACGUGCGGCCCCCCCACGCUCCGCAGCACAAGCAGGGCACCCCCCGCCCCCACCCCCGCGGUCCUCGUGGGUGGGAAAGACAAUGCAGCGCGGGGGGGGUCAGUGCCAAUCCUCGGGGACGGUCCCACGCCCCACCCCACGCCCCUGUCCCCACGCCAUAACCCUCUGCUCCCGCGGGCAGAGACGGGGCAGGAGCAGCCCUCGCAUGGUGCCCCCCGCAGCCCCCAGCCCCGGCCCCGCAGCCCCCCCCCCCCGUCCCCGGUGCCGCAGCCCGGAGCCGCCAGCCCAAGCACAAAGCCUCGGGUCCGAGGGAGGUCCUGACCCAGCACAAUCCUGGUGAGCUCCGGGGGGAGACCCCCGACCCCACGGACCCCCCCCAAAGGACGAGUCCUGCAACCCUCCCCAGCCCCCCCAGCCACGAUGCCACAGUGAUGGGCGCCUGCCACAGUGCCCCGCUGGUGGCCAACCUGUCCCUUGCCCAGCGCCCCCCAGAGUCCCUGCUAUGGGGUGACCUGGUCCCGCCCCCCGGGGACCCCCCGAGACCCCCUCCAGCUCUGGUGCAGUCCUGCCUGUCCCCUUCCCUCUGGCCGGAGUAGGCCCCCCCACGUUGUCACCAGCCCCUUGUACCAGGGGGGGUCUGGCCCCUCGCCCUCUGGCCCUGCCCAGCCUCUGCCAGGGCCCCUGGGGGGGUCCCCAAGGUGGCGUCACCAAGGUGGUACCCACGAGGGGUUGUCACCAAGGCCUUGUACCCAGGGUAGGGCCCCCAGGGUGGUGCCCACAAGGGGCUGCCACCCAGGGGUUGUACCCCAGGUAGGGUCCCCAGGGUGGCAUCCUCCAGGCAGUGUCUCCAAGGGGCUGUCACCAAGGUGGCAUCCCUGAGGGAUUGUCCCCAAGGGGUUGUCCCCAGGCAGGCUGCGCCCCCCCCUGCUGUGCCCAGCUCCCCCUCCCCCCCGCGCCUGCCUCCUCCCUCCCCAGCCCGGAGCGUGCAGGGCGGGGCAGGGCGGGGCAGGGCGGGGCGGGGCAGGCAGGUGCCACUGUAGCCUUCACUCUAGAAAUAGUCUUCCUCCAAUAAAGAGACGAGAAACUGC